UUUCUUACUAAACAGAUGACGGAUGUUUAUGUUGGCAAAAAAUCGCUUGCAUCAUUUUCAGUUACACAAAGAUCAGUAGAUCUAUAUCUUCAUUUACAUAAAUAAUAUAAUAAACACAUAAUGGGAAAAGUCACAUUUAUUCAUCCAGAUUUGGGUAUUGGCGGAGCAGAAAGAGCUGUUAUUGACGCAGCACUUGCAUUAAAAUCUCGAGGGCAUCAAGUAGAAUUUAUUACUGCCCACCAUGAUCCUUCUCACUGUUUUCAAGAGACUAAGGAUGGAAUACUUAAAGUUACAGUUGUUGGUGACUGGUUGCCAAGAAGAAUUUUAGGAAGAUGCUAUGCUCUUUGUGCAUACAUUAGAAUGGUGUUUGCUGCUUUGUAUUUUCUACUUUUUGGAUCUAAAUGUGAUGUGUUGUUUGUUGAUCAGAUUUCAGCAUGCAUUCCUAUUUUAAAAUUAUCAUCUUCCAGAAUAAUAUUUUAUUGUCACUUUCCUGAUAUGCUGCUAACUCAAAGGAAAGGUGUGUGGAAAAAGCUAUACCGAGCACCCAUUGAUUAUGUUGAAGAAAAAACCACAGGGAUGGCUGACUGCAUACUUGUUAAUAGCAAAUUUACAGCUGGUGUAUUCCAUGAAACAUUUUCAAGCCUUCAUCAUGUCCAACCUGAAGUUCUUUACCCAAUACCAGAUUUCUCUGGAUUUGAUAAACCAGUUGAACCUCCUGGAAAAGAUUUAAUACCAACAGAAGCCAAGAUCUGCUUUCUUUCAAUUAACAGAUAUGAGAGGAAAAAAAACUUAAAUUUGGCUAUUCACGCUUUAGAUAAAUUACUUCAGUUACAGCCUGAUGCUGAUGUACAUCUAAUAAUGGCUGGUGGCUAUGAUUCACGAGUUGUUGAAAACGUUGAGCAUUUUUCUGAAUUAACUUUACUCAUCCAACAACGAAAGUUGGAAGGGAAGGUUACUCUACUUCGAUCUUGUAGUGACAGCCAGAAACUAACGCUAUUAAAACACUGUUCGUGCCUUAUUUAUACCCCAGAGCGGGAACAUUUUGGUAUUGUGCCAAUUGAAGCUAUGUAUAUGAAAUGUCCUGUGAUUGCUAUGAGAAGUGGCGGCCCUCUGGAGACUGUCAGUGAUGGUGAAACUGGUUACUUGUGCAGUAGUGAUCCAACUGAUGUGGCCAAUGCUAUGCUAAGAUUUGUUAAAGAUCCUAAUCUGUCAAAUUCUUUUGGUGAGGCUGGAAGGCUAAGGGUUACAACUAUGUUUUCUUUUCUCAGUUUUACUGAGAAAUUGGACUCAAUUGUUCUAAGACUGCUUGCUGAGUGAGCUUUCAACAUGUUUGUGUUGCAAUAAAAAUAUUGUUUUGUU